ACGGACGCAUCAGCACGCACGCAAGCGCAGAUCUUAUUUUUUGAUUGAUAUAUAAGGCUGUGGCAGUACAAAGGAAACAUCACAAGUGGUUUUCUUACAGUCGCGGUGGCAGUGGCAUUCGAAACAUGGCAGACGUCAUUGAUUGUAAUUUUCCUGUUUGGGGGUUGCUGCCUAAAAAAGAGACGGGUGUCACUCAAUUCCUCACCAAAUACCCCGAGUACGAUGGACGGGGCGUCAUCAUCGCGAUCCUCGAUUCCGGAGUGGAUCCUGGAGCUCCUGGUAUGCAGAUGACAUCAGAUGGAAAACCAAAAAUUAUUGAAAGAUUUGACUGUAGUGGAGCAGGAGAUGUAGACACUAACAAAGUUGUUCAAGCACCAGAUGGAUAUAUUAAUGGUUUAACUGGUCGUAAAUUAAAGGUUCCAUCUACUUGGAAUAAUCCUAGUGGACAGUAUCAUAUUGGUUUAAAAAAUCUGUAUUCAUUAUAUCCUACUAAAUUAAAGGAAAGAGUAGUAGCAGAGCGUAAAAAGCAUCUUUGGGAUGAUGGACAUAAGACAGCACUUGCAGAAGCUUCCAGGCAAUUACAGGAAUUUGAGAGCAAGAAUCCUCAAUUAUCGACUGUGGAAGAAAGACUGCAGAAAGAAGAACUUGAAGCCCGUGUUGAAGUAUUGAACAGCCUUGAGAAAAAGUAUUGUGAUGCAGGGCCCACUUAUGAUUGCGUUGUUUUUCACGAUGGUAACAUUUGGAGAGCAUGUAUUGAUACUUCUGAAGAAGGUAAUUUAGAAGCUGGCGUUUUCCUUGGUGAAUAUUCUGUCACGAGGGAAUUUGCUCCUCUUACUCAAGAAGAUCAGUUAAAUAUUAGUAUUAAUAUUCACGAUGAAGGAAAUACGUUAGAAAUUGUCAGCUUGUGUUCAAGUCAUGGUACACACGUGGCAUCAAUCGCGGCUGCGUAUUUUCCCGAUAAUCCCGAAUUAAACGGGGUAGCACCAGGUGCCCAAAUUAUUUCGCUAACUGUCGGUGAUGGACGUCUUGGUACAAUGGAAACUGGAACUGCUGUUGUACGAGCAAUGAUUCAUAUUAUGAAACGCAAAGAGAAGGUUCACGUUAUAAACAUGAGUUACGGAGAGCACGCUCAUUGGUCGAAUACAGGUAGAAUAGGAGAACUGAUGAAUGAAGUUAUUGACGUAUAUGGUGUAUCCUGGGUUGCGUCCGCUGGCAAUCUUGGACCAGCUCUAUGUACUAUUGGAACACCUCCUGACAUCAGUUCAAACAGUAUUAUUAGUGUCGGCGCAUAUGUGUCGCCCGACAUGAUGGUAGCUGAAUAUUCUUUAAGAGAAAAGAUGGCAGGCAUGCCAUAUACUUGGUCCUCCCGUGGCCCAAUGAUAGACGGAGGUGCUGGUGUGACAGUGUGUGCACCAGGAGGUGCUAUCACCAGUGUCCCAAAUUUUACACUUAGGAAAAGUCAACUUAUGAAUGGCACAAGUAUGGCAAGUCCACAUGUAACUGGAGCAGUUGCGGUUCUUAUAUCGGGCCUUCUCGCCAAAGGUUGUCCAUAUUCUCCCUAUAGUAUAAAAAGGGCUCUGGAAAAUACCGCUCUGUUUGUAUCCAAUUUAGAUCCAUUUGCACAAGGCUCUGGCCUAUUGCAAGUCGAACGUGCAUUUGAUAAUCUUGUCUCGUAUUGCGAUGCUCCUGAAAGAGACAUUCGAUUUGCCAUUAACUGCGGCAUUAACAAUUCGAAAGGUAUUCAUAUGAGAACGGGUAUCAUUGAUCGUCCAAAGGAUUAUGCAGUUACUGUCGAACCAGUAUUCAUAAAUAGUGAAAAUAUAGAUCCAGCACGCAAAAUUGACUUCAAUCUGAAGUUAACACUUGUGUGUGAUGCUUCGUGGGUUCAAUAUCCAACACACUUGGACUUGAUGCAUAUGCCUCGUGCUUUUGCGAUUAGAAUUGAAGCUUCUAACUUACCAGAAGGUGUUCAUGUUUGUAGUGUGCGGGCAUACGAUGUAACCAAUGUCGCGAAAGGACCAGUAUUCCAAAUUCCUGUGACUGUCGUCCAACCAAUGACACUUCCGAAGACUGCUCUUCUUCCAGACUUAACAUAUACAAACGUUUUAUUUAAACCUAAUACGAUUCAACGUCAUUUUAUUCUUGUUCCGGAAGAUGCUACUUGGGCAGUUCUCAGAUUGAAAAGCACAGAGAAGGAUAAAACUGGUAGAUUUGUGAUUCACACUGUUCAACUAAAACCUCGUCUGGCUUGUAAGACUCAUGAAGUUAACAGAAUAAUUAAUGUUACAUCUCAAUCGGAAACUGUUCAACCAUUUGCUGUGCAGUAUACAAUCCAAAAAUUAGAAAAAGGAGAUUAUACUUUGAAGAUGCAUGUGCGUCACGAAAAAAGAGAUUUGUUGGAAAGAUUGACAGAUAUGCCGUUACUUCUGAGUCAGAAACUUAGCACACCAAUUAAUUUGGAUAUUUAUGCUAAUCAUUCGCAAGCUAUUAUUGGUGGGAAAAAAAUGGUGGCUGCAUCAAUUCCACCUGGUCACGUUCUUCCUCUAUACGUCGCUCCAUUGUCUAAUGAAAGCAACACUGAAAACAAAGUAUCCAAAUACGCUACCCCCGGUAGUUAUCUUCAAGGUACAUUGACUUUCUGUAAAGAUGAUGUCGGAAAGAAGGUGGAUAGUCACGUAUUUAAAUAUAUCAUAUCUGAACCGGCCAAGAAAAAUAGCAACACUACUACUAAAUCUGAGAAAGAGAAAACUACGAAAUGGGAUGAAUACAAUGAAGCAAUAAGAGAUUUAAAAUGCAAUUAUCUUGCAAAAUUUGAACCCGGCGAACAUGCCAAUCAGUUGUACGCGGAGUUGAAAGGCGUCUUCUCAGAUCAUUUACCCGUUCACACUGCCAUGCUGACAUCGCUGGACUCUCCCGAAGCGCGGCGACAUGUACCGCAUGAUGAUCUUUCCGAAAAUGCUGUUGCAUUUGCCAAUCAAAUAAUAACAGUUGCCGACUCUGUGAUUACGAAUAUCGAUCAAGAUAAGUUGUUAGCUUAUUAUGGACUGAAAAACGAUCAACGUCCCGACGCGGCUAAAAUCAAGGUAACAAUGGAGAAGCAAAAGAACAGUUUGAUUGAAGGAUUAGUGAAAAAAGGAUGUGCACUGGCACGGUUGUACGUGCAUGGAACAAAAACUGGUGAGGGAGAUGGAUCCUUCGAACAUUUACUUGAAAGUGUUACACAUCACUGGCAAGAAGUACAGAAAUUCGCUGAACCCACAGAUAAUAAGGUCAUUAUUUUAUCCUUAUGGCACGCACACAUUAAUAAACAUUACGGGCGUUAUUUGAAAUUAUUGAUACGUUAUUAUGAGGAGAAACCACUUAAGGAAAUUGACGAAAAGUGCAUUGAAAUUGCAAGGAUUAUGGGAUGGGAACAUUGGUCACGUCUUUUAAUCACAAGUAUACCGGCACGUUACCCAACAACAUACAAAUUGUUUUGAUUACUGAUUGUAUGAAAUCAGUAUGUUACGAUGCGAUAAAGAUAAAGAUGUGAAAUCCGCUCCUAACACAUGUUUGUACUAAUAGUGAUGACACUUACGUCAGACAAGUCAAGUAAGGUGUAAUAUACAUCUAGAAAAAUAUGAAUGUAUUCAUAAUUAUCUAAAUUAUUACUAAUUUAGACAAUUAACAUUGAACUGAAUUAAAAUAAAUCAUAUUCGUACAUAAA